AUGGCACUUCCAACGAAUUGUUCCCUGCAUAAUCACCUGCGAACUCAAGCUUGGUCGGCUGCUCUGGCAUUUGCUCCCGUUCGUCGGAAUCCCGCACAGAAAGCGAAGGCGCCGAUCAAUAGGCUGCCUGUAGGCGCUUCGGUCACUGCUACGACAUCGGCGACGAUAUCCGCCACCGCCACCGUUUCCUCGACGGCCGUUAUUUUUGCGCCUCCGGAGCUGGUCGACCCAUCUGCUGCGGCACAAGAAGCUGAAAGCACGACUCAGGCGUGGGGGAAGAAAGUGAAACCCCCUUCUAUGGUGCUCGAUGAAGAUGUGAACGGAUUCCGAUCAUCUCGUGGUGGACGGGGAAACAAAAAGAAAGGCAAAGGGAAGAAGAACAAAAAUGCACCCCUCGUCAACGUCUGGGAUCCUACGGAGCAAUACGAUCCUCUACGGCCCAAUGAUUACAACGAAUACAAAAUGUGGAAGCAACGAGAGCGCAUACAAAAACGUGAAGAGCUCGCAGAACAGCGUCGCAAGGAGGAACGCAAACGCUACAGACGGGACGGUAGCUAUUCGGAUAGCGAAAAUACCGACGAUGAUGAUGAUGAGAGGCCUCCUCGAAAAAUGGGGCGCCACGAUGACUACACGGAGGAACCCCACGAGAGCGCCAUGGAAGAAGAUAGUCGGCCACCUUACCAGGCCACCGCGCCCGCAUCUGCGGUGGAUCGUAGUCUGACAGGAGACGAAGCGUACAUGCGACGCCUCGCGCUUUCGGGCAUGCGACUACCGUCUCCGCUGCCAGUUCAGUCGUAUCCGCCAGCUGCGAUGGAAGAAGAUCCUAAUGCUAUUCCGGGGUUAGUCCCGACCGUAGCUGCUCCCCCACCAACGCUCUCGGGCGAAGAAGCAUAUCUUCGUCGCGUUGCAUUAUCUCAAGGCCAACGACCUGAUAUGCCGACCUUUGCGCCAGCGAUAAACGCGCCAGCGUUCGCCCCUCCCGUGCGCCCACCCUCUCCCCCGGAGUUAGCGUACAACCCCUUCGCGCCACCAGAAAAUGUUCCCCCGCCCCCUCCUGGUGGACCGGGAAGCGUACCCGCAGGGUUCCAAGAUAUCCAAGAUAAAAUCAAGGCUGCUGCUGCUAUUGCGGCCAAACUGAGCGCGCUGUCUGCUGCUCCCGCUUCAGAAGGAUCGGGGUCCAGUUCCCCGGUACCUGAUCCAGCUCCCAAGAAGCCUGACCCACACGGAUUCGCCGCACGUCUUAUGGCAAAAUGGGGUCAUAAGGAGGGGCAGGGACUUGGUGCCGAUGGAUCUGGUAUUGUCAACGCUUUGGCCGUUGAACAAGUCAAAGCGGGGAAAGCAGGCGGUGGAUCCAAAGGAGUCGGGUCGAAGAUGGGUAAGAUUGUAAACAACAACGAGGACGCGAAGACGAGGGAAGACAAGGAACGAUUUGGCGAACCAAGCAGGGUAAUCGUCUUGACCAACAUGGUUGGACCUGAAGACGUAGAGGAUGAAGAGCUACGAGAGGAAAUAGGGGACGAGUGCUCAAAGAAUGGUACAGUUGAACGAGUUGUGGUGCAUUUGGUCAAUCCCGCUCCGCCGAACCCUGAAGAUGCAGUACGCAUCUUCGUACUCUUUGCAGGCCCUGUUGGUGCUUGGAAAACAGUGCGAGAGUUGGAUGGUCGUUAUUUCGGUGGGCGUAGUGUACGAGCCAGGUAUUUCUUGGAGAGUCGGUUCAACCGCUCCGACCUAGAUUCGCCAUUGUGA